AGCGCUCUGUACAGCUAAGAAGACAAUCAGGACUCUAUUUGCACUACGUGAUCGCACAUUUCUUCAACCGGAAGGGAUUAAUGAAAACAAAGAAGACAGCAAGAAUAGUGCAGAUCUGACAGGGACCGGGAUGGAAAUCAGACGCCGAGAGCCGGGCCGGGCAGUCACACGGCAAGUACUGUUAUUUCCCUUCUUAUUGUCUUUGUUUUGCCGGGCGGUCUCGGAGCAGAUUCGUUAUUCGAUUCCUGAGGAAAUAGCGAAAGGUUCCCUUGUGGGGAAUCUCGCCAAGGAUUUGGGACUGAGUGUGAGAGAACUGCCCAACCGGAAGCUCCGUGUUGUCUCUGCAGCUAAAAAGCAAUACUUCAGCGUGAAUGGGGAAAGUGGCAACGUUUAUGUGAAUGACAGGAUAGACCGGGAAGAGAUAUGCGGGACAUCUCAACUCUGCGUCAUAAAUUUCGAAACUGUGCUGGAAAAUCCCUUGAAUGUUUUCCACGUAAAUGUCGCGAUCCAGGACAUUAACGAUAAUGCCCCGCGUUUCUUAAAAGAUAAUAUCAAACUAGAGAUUAUUGAAUCUACUUUACUAGGUGCCCGUUUUCUUCUGGGCAAUGCUGAAGAUCCUGACGUUGGAAUGAACUCUCUGCAGAGUUAUCAGUUGAGCCCCAAUCAAGAUUUCAUCCUGGAAGUCAAAGAGAGCCAGGAUGGCAAUAAAUAUGCAGAUUUAGUGCUGCAGAAACCCCUGGAUCGGGAGAGCCAGAGCAGCCUUCACUUGAUCCUCACGGCUGUGGAUGGGGGAGAGCCGCAGAGAACUGGGACCGCCAAGAUAUGGAUUAAUGUCACCGACGCCAAUGACAACCCCCCCAUCUUCACACAGGAGCUCUACAAAGUCAGCCUGAGGGAAAAUGCACCGACGGGCUCCUUAGUGCUUCAGGUUAAAGCCACCGACAACGAUGAAGGUUCAAAUGCUCAGAUCAGCUACAUUAUUAACAAGGUAUCAGAAAAGACCCUUCAGAAAUUCAGCCUGGACUCAGAAAAUGGAAAAAUCACAGUAAAGGAGCCCUUGGACUUUGAAGAGACACGUGAUUAUCGCAUGGCAGUAGAAGCAAAGGAUGGAGGCGGACUAGUGACACACUGCAAAGUGGAAAUAGAAGUUAUUGAUGAGAACGACAAUGCCCCCGAAGUGACAUUCACAUCUGUGUCCAGUCCUGUCCCAGAAGAUUCAGUACCUGGGACAGUGAUAGCUCUGAUCAGUGUUAAUGAUCUAGAUUUUGGAGAUAAUGGAAAUGUCUCAUGCCAUUUACUGGAUGAUUUUCCGUUUACUACAAUGUCGUCUUCUAAUAAUUACUACAAGCUCCUCACAGACAGCACCCUGGAC